ACGUAAAAUUUAUCGACAUUUUUUUACGACGAUACACUGGAUAUUAUUUGUACAGAUUAUAAUGCGACGGUUGACGACACUUCCCGCCACCGCGGUGUUAAUCGGAAUCCUGGUGUCGGCCGCAGGACGCCUGGCGCCGUACGCUCCGGACUGGCCACACCAGUUGACCACGGCCACAUUGACGACGUACGUGAACAAAACGUUCGGACCGUUGCAGCGGUGCUUGAAAGUGGCGGCCGACGACACCGCCGAGGCGGCCGCCAUAGUGGCCAUGCUCUACCCGCAACGGGACAACAACGGUGCGGGCGGACGUCCGUCCGACGCGGACGCCCACACUAGGACGAUCGCGUUGGUCACGUCCGACGACGUUUCGGUGUUCUGUUCUGCCUACGUGGUCAUCGGACGUCGACUGGAUAUGAUCGAUAAGUAUUUCGACUUCUUCAGGAAUGAUGCGGCCGAGAGGAUGUUGGUGGUCGUCGUACAGAAUAGAAAGUACAUUAAGCCGUUUAUCAAAUAUUCACCUUCAUACUUCAAUUACAAAGAUGUUAUACUUAUAAAUGUAUACCCACAAAAAGAAACGGUGUAUCAAAUGAGCAUAUACUUUAAGAAAUUUGUUCCUAUUUCCAAAAAACAUGACCAAUGGUUUAGACAUGACUUGCAAGGAAAAAAAAAAGUAAAAAACUUUCAUAACACCCAUAUUAAGUUAUUGGCUUACAACCAUUCAUUUUUUAGUAGUGUGAUAAAAGAAAAUGGAACGGGAAAAUUAAGCUUAUCUUAUGGCGUUGAAUGUAGUAUAUUCAAAGAAAUCGCAACAAGAUUGAACGUCACUUGGGAUACAUACACAUCUAAUGACAAAGACAAAUGGGGAACUGUAUGGCCGAACAAUACAAUAACCGGUGGUGCACUCAAAUGGUUGUACAAUAAAAAAGUUGAUGUGUCAUUUUGUUCGCUUUGGAUUGAUCAUACAAAAUCAAAGUUCGUGGACAUAUCUAAAUUUUGGACAUUAACGUGUUUAAAGUUUUUGGUCCCCAAGCCCCGCCCGUUGCGAGAAAAAUGGGACUUGCUAUUCAAACCAUUUCCGUUAAGUUUGUGGUUAUUAGUUUUAUUUUCUGCAACGUUAACAACAUUUACAAUAUGGAUAUUGGCUUGUAUUCAAAAAAAAAUUGGCUAUGAAAAUAUUAACGUAUUUACUUCGUUAUCAGCGACCAUUUUUUGGAUUAUUGGAAUGAUGUUAUUGACGAACAAUCCGCGUACUUAUCGAAUGGGACCUAUUAGACAUUUGAUCAAUUGGUGGUGCAUAUUUAUAUUCAUCAUGUCUACUUCGUUUUCGAGCAUUCUCUAUUCAUUUAUCACAUCGUCCGAUUACACAGACAUUGUUUUGGAAGUUGAAGACAUGGUGAAAGCGAAUUAUCAUUGGGGCCUUACGUAUCCUCCUCCUUAUAAGUAUAUACUGAAAAUGCAGAAUCCGGUGCACGUGGAGUUCAGCAAGCGAUUCAUACCCGAACGCGGCGUGGACGACCGGAUCGAGCGCCUGAAGCGCGGGCGGUACGCGAUCCUGACCAAGUGCCUGUACGAGAAACACUUCAUGGAAUCGGAAAACGUGCCGGUGUCGUUGCUGAACAACCUGCGGACGGGCCGGACGUGCAUGAACCAGUUUUACGUCGGUCUCGGGUUCGUCAAGCGGUCGCCGUACACGAAACCGGCCAACCUGGUCAUCCAGCGGAUUUUCGAGAGCGGGCUGAUCGACUACUGGCUGAGCCGGGUGACCGAGGUCCGCCUGUCGCCCGCCACUUUCGAACAGGUGUACGAAAUCAAGCCGCGCAGGGGCCGCGGCGGCCCGUCGCCGCUCAGCUACAAACAGUUCAAAGUCGUCAUGGUCGUAUGGUUGGUCGGGUGCGCGCUGUCGACGGCCGUUUUUGCCGUCGAACGUCGGUACGGUCGCGGCGGCGCGGACCGAUCGCGUCGCGCGUGAUUUCUCUGCGCGUAGGUAUAUAUAGCCUGCAGCGACCAUAUCGAUAUUGAUGUUUUUCGGAUUAACAAUAAAGCACAUAUUAGUACUUCGCACGUUCAUAGUGCAGUCGUUACUGUCUCGAGCCGAAUUUUCGUCACAACUCGUGUACCUAGGUAUUUGAUCACGUCAUAAGCACAAAUUGCAGGGUUUGGGUUAGGUGGUACACGCAGCUGCUUGCGGAUGGGACUCAAAAAUAGUGCAGUCAUAUCAAAUUUAAAACACGAUUUUCGCUUACGUAUUCGAUGAAUACAUUAUAAUAUACAGAGAGUGGUUCUUUUAUCGUUAAACACUCGUUACUUCGAAGUGUUGACUUUUUUCAUUUUUUUUUUUUUUUAAAUUCUGAACAAAGUGAUGAAUGUAUUGAUUUUACAAUGACGUGUUUUUUUUUUUGUGUCUGUAUACGAUAACUUAUCAAAAUGAUGCUUUAAUUUAAAACUUCAUUGGUGGAUUUCGGUAGUAAAUUAAAUAUUCUUGGUGUAUUCUAAAGGUCAAAAAUAAAACUUUUCCAAUAGUUUUCAAAAAAAUCGAUGUUUUAUAUCAGAGGUUCCCAAACUUUUUAUUGUACGACCCAAUUUGAAAAUUUUUUAAAAUAUGACGACCCACAAUAUCAAAGAAUGACCUUUUUUUUUUUUUUUUUACCAUACAACAAAAAAUUUUAUGUAGUUACGAAAAAAAAGUAUAAUAUAUUAGUAUAUAAUUUAUGUAAUUAAAUAUUAAAUAUUAUUUAAAAAUAUAGCGCGACCCACCAAAAGUAUAAUCGCGACCCACUUUUGGGUCGCGACCCACAGUUUGGGAACCUCUGUUUUAUA